CGGUAUCACCUCCAGUAGAUCAUUUUGUUUCGCCCUUCGUGAUGUCAACGUUCAAGGACAAAGUAGUUAUUGUAACCGGUGCCAGCUCUGGCAUUGGAGCGGCGGCUGCUGUACAUCUUGCUAGCUUAGGUGGUCUGCUGACCAUUGUUGGCCGAAAUGUAGAAAAGCUAAAGGAGACAGCGGAUAAUAUUCUUGCUGCCGGUGGCGCCGCUGCACUGCAGUUGCAGGCAGACAUGGACAAGGAGGCGGAUGUGGAGCAAAUUAUUAAGGUUACGCUGGCCAAGCACAGACGCAUCGAUGUGUUGAUCAACAAUGCUGGAAUAUUGGAAAGAGGCUCAAUUGAAAAUACUUCGUUGGGUCAGUACGAUCGCGUGAUGAACACCAAUAUGCGAGCUGUGUACCAACUAACCAUGUUAGCUACACCAGAGCUGGUUAAGACCAAGGGCAGCAUUGUCAAUGUGUCCAGCGUGAAUGGCAUACGCUCAUUUCCCGGCGUAUUGGCCUACAAUGUGUCCAAGGCAGCCCUGGAUCAAUUCACGCGCUGUGUCGCCUUGGAGCUGGCUAGCAAAGGCGUACGAGUGAACUCUGUUAAUCCCGGCGUGAUUAUUACUGAAAUACACAAACGCGGCGGCAUGGACGAGGCUACCUAUCAACAAUUUCUGGAGCAUUCGAGGACCACACACGCCUUGGGGCGGCCCGGUGAUGUGAAGGAGGUGGCCGCCGCGAUUGCUUUUCUAGCAAGCGAUGCGUCCAGCUUUACUACGGGAGUUAGCCUGGCCGUAGAUGGCGGCCGGCAUGCCAUGUGCCCACGUUAAUUUUGUAUUUUUCAACAUAUAAGUAAAUAUAUUUUUGCAUUUAUUAAAACAAAAACAAUAUUCGCUAUAAACAACUCAAUUAGCAGCUGUAAUCACGAUUCAAACUUCACACCAGUGUGAACAACAAUAUCAAUUGUGGUUUAUUAAUUAAACUUGUUAUCAAC